AUGGAGGCCCCCCAGCCGCAGAUGCAGCCGCAGGCGCAGGUGCCGCGGCCGGCGCACAUGCCCGCGCCGCUGGAGCACGGCGCCGCCAGCAGCGACGAGGACAACUCGCCCACCGAGCUCAACUCUUGCCGCCGCCUCGCCGACAAGCCACCGCUCGUCAAGCGCCUCGACUGCCUGCCCACCCCCAACGACGGCGGAGGCGGGGACCUACCGCUCGACGACGACCCGCCCUGCUGGAACGCCGCGCCUCAGCCCGCGCCGCCCUCCGCCCCCGCGCCCGCCUCUCCCGCAUUGCCGACUGCGCCCCCCGCCCCGCACGACACGAGUCAGCCGCCCCUGCCACCGCUACCUCAGUCGCCACCGCCUCAACCGCCACCGCGAACUGGCACGCCACCUGUUGACAAGACGGGCGGUAGCGUCUGCCCCUGCCAUGCGGACUGCACGCCGGACAAGGGGACGCCCGCCACCUCGCCGCGCCACCAGCCCCUGGAGAUGAGGGAGCCCUGGUUCCGGACCGGCAUGCCCAGGGAGACUGCUCUGGAGGUGCUGGACCACGAACCGGAGGGCGCGUUCAUGGUGCGCGAGAGCACCAGCAAGCCCGGCUGCUACGCGCUGUCGCUGCGCGUCCCCAGGGACUUCCAGCCGUCCGGCAUCGCGCACUACCUCAUCCUGCGCACCGCCAAGGGAUACAAGAUCAAGGGCUUCACGAAGGAGUUCUCGAGCCUGGCGUCGCUGAUCACGCACCACUCGGUGAUGCCUGAGCUGCUUCCCGUGCCGCUGGCCCUCAGCAGGUACCGCCCCGCGCUGGGCAAGUCCGACUCGAGCCGGGACUUCUCGGACGGCGACUGCGACCGCGACUACAACACGCUGGCCGACCUGCGGCAGAUGCUGGCCGAGCUCAAGAUGUAG